CAACAGCCUGUGGCGAAGCUUAGCCACUCCCCACGGCCACACUUGCAGCCACAGCUCAUUGUGAAGCCAAGCCACCCAUCCCGACCGCAAUUACAGAUACAGCAACAUAUACUGUUGAUGUCUAUGCAGCAACCCCCUGUGCCGCCCCAUAUUCCUUCAAUGCGACCUAUGAAACCAGAAUCUCCAAGGGCACGUCCAAGGCAAAUCUCUGCUGAAGUGAAAGAAGGUACACCAAAGAAGCAAAAGCAAUGUAAUUGCAAACACUCUAGAUGCUUGAAAUUGUAUUGUGAAUGCUUUGCAUCAGGCAUAUAUUGUGAUGGGUGCAACUGUGUAAACUGUUUCAAUAAUGUGGAAAAUGAAGCUGCUAGACGAGAAGCUGUUGAAUCUACUUUGGAACGCAAUCCACAUGCAUUUAGGCCUAAAAUUGGUAGCAGUCCCCAUGGAAUCCGGGAAAAUAGGGAGGAGGCUGGGGAUGGUUUAAUCUUGGGGAAGCAUAACAAGGGAUGCCACUGCAAAAAAUCAGGGUGCCUUAAAAAGUACUGUGAAUGUUUCCAAGCUAACAUUCUAUGCUCAGAAAAUUGCAAAUGCAUGGACUGCAAAAAUUUUGAAGGAAGUGAAGAGAGGCAAGCUCUAUUCCAUGGAGAUCAUUCAAAUAACAUGUCAUAUCUGCAGCAGGCAGCAAAUGCUGCAAUAACUGGUGCUGUUGGGGCAUCUGGCUACGGAUCUCCUCCAGUUAGCAAGAAGAGGAAGGGGCAGGAGCACCCUUUUGCAACAACGAUGAAAAGCCCAGUUCACACAUUUGGGCAGUUUCCGCAGACCAACCAUAUUAAAUCUUGUAUACCAACCUCUUCAAUGCCUUCAAUUUCCAAUGCUCGUAUUGGCAGUUCAACCACAAUGGGACCUUCAAAAUUUACUUAUAGAUCUUUAUUAGCAGACAUGAUCCAACCAGUGGACGUGAAAGAGCUCUGCUCGGUUUUGGUUUAUUCUUCAAGGCAAGCUGCCAAACUGCUUGCAGAGGAUAAAAAUGCAAAUCAAAACCAAAGAGAAAGAUCUGUUGAUUCACUGUGUCAAGAAAAAUUAGAGAAUCAUACAAGUGUGGUGGGGUUGCCUAGCAAUUGUUCCAGUGGGAGUCUGGAUGGCAAAAGAGGUACAGACAAGCCCUGUUUGGAUACUGUUGAUGAGUCAACAGAAAGGCCAAUGUCUCCAGGAACUUUAGCAUUAAUGUGUGACGAGCAGAAUACUCUAUUUUCUGCAAGUUCUCCUAACGAAUCAACAAGCCUUUGCUGCAAAACAUCUUCCCAAUUGUCUCAUGGUAAAGCCAUGCCAGAAGCCUAUGCAGAGCAGGAGAAAAUCGUUUUGACAAAGUUCCGUGAUUGUCUCAAGAGACUAAUUACGCUGGGAGAUAUAAAAGAAACAAAAUGUUCCUCAAUGGCACGUGCUUCGGACUCGGCUCACCAACGACACACCAUAAUCAAUGACUCUCAAAAGGAAGUUUAUUUCAAUGGUGUGGCUCCGUCUCCACAGAAAACAUCUCAACCACCGCCGGUAAGUUCUAUGGUUGGGAGUGUGAGUUCUCCCCUCCCUGUUCUUCCCCAAUCAGCUGAGAAUGGGGUUCAAAAACCAAAAUAAUGAAAGUUAAACUCCACUGUAUAGAGAUUUAGCAUGUGAUUUGGCCGAAACGGAUCGACCAUUCGUCAUGUAAUAUUAGUAUUUUAUCUAUCCCCUCCCUCCUUCACGGACCUCCAUACUUCUUCCAUGGCGGCUUCAAGAAUGCUAUCCAGGUUAUCUUCUCGGCUGCGACCUGCCGCUCUCAAGAUCAACAAGUCAGUCUCUCCGUCGCCAGAGACAUCCUUCUUCAAUGCUGCGCCUAAAUCAACCAUAAAACGAUUUUCCCUAAUCUCCAGGUUACCCGUAGAGUUAAGCGGAGUGGAGACAAUGAUGCCAUUACACAGCGCCUUAGCUUCUGCCCGAUUGAACUCCAACUUGUCCAUUGAGUCACAGAGCUGGUGUUUAGCUCCUCAAGGGAAGUCGAUGCCUUUAUGAUGUCAUCUUAUGGGACAAGUCCUCGUUAGCCAUGCGUGAUUUUUUAAAUAUAUAUAAGGGAAGCAGGAAAUGGACUCUUUGAUAUCUGAAUUAUUCCUUAAGAUGUUUCUUUCAUGAACAAAAUAAUUUCUUUCCCCGCAUAAUGGCUAGUGAUUAAUUUUCUUCAUUCUCCUGUCCAAGGGCUUGUAAUACUUGGGUGAAUUCUGAUGAGUAGUUCUGCUAAAUAUGAACUGAUCAUUUACUGUUUUGAGAUCAUGCGUUGAAUUGAAUGUCAUCAAGUUUGGAUGAAAUUUGAAACUUUCUGCUUGUAGAGGGGU